UAUCAGACAGACAGAACUCAGUGUUCGCUAACGCUUCCUUCCAUGUGCAUACCCGAAUCCGGAAUAGUAUUUGAGCCGCGCGCGCUUUCGUAAUUGCUCUUAAUUUUUCGAGUCCUUUUAUGUCAUACAAAUACGGAAUUAGUUCAGUCGUAUAUUAGUGAUAAAUAAAACCUACGGUGUCAGAUUCUAACCUAGAGCAGUGUGUAGAUACGGGUUACGAAGGCCACGUUCGUGUCGUGAUAAGACUACGCUGCAGGGCUAUUGAUGUUUAUUACUUAUCAAGCUCAUUGUUGACAGUUGAUUGACGUUUUGUGGGAAUGAUCAGUGCAGAGUCCCUAAAGAACAUAUCAACUAUCGUAGUUGAGUAAAAGUGGUGAUCUGCAAAUAGAUCACAGCAUUAUUUCGAUCUUCCGGAAAAGGAAUACGUAUUGUGGAAUACCAAGGUGCUUCAUGCGACGGCACUAUUUCGUUCAACAGAUGAACACCCGACAGCGAGUUGAUCCCGAAGGGAUGUUUUCGGUCAGCUCCACUGUUACCGGUGACAACAAAUCGAAAAGCUUGUGCGAAGUUGCUUACGAUGUCACCGAUGAUGUUUCCAUCUCCCAACAUGGACCGCCCGAUUACGGAAUAGUGAAUAUCUACCAAAAAACUGGUGGAGGUUUGUCCGGCGUUGAUAAAACGGUGUACCAUGCCAACGACGACAAAAGUGAGAAUGGAAGCAAUUUUACUGCUUCCGAUGAAGAUAGUGAUAUAAUCUCCGAGUACAUCGGGCAUUACGGUUGGUGGCAGUUUUGCUGGACUUUUCUGCUGUGUUUGUUCCAGAUUCCCACCACGUUCCAUAUAUUCUGUUUGGUGUUUCAGGCCGCAAAUCGCGACUAUUGGUGCGCCCGCCCCGCUCAUCUCCGCACCAUCCCGCUAGAAUUGUGGCGCAACCUGACGCAACCCAACGGGGGUCGAUGUUCGCUCGUCGAUGCACCCUUCCAACAGUUGACCGCGUUAAACUUUACCGAUUACUUCCUGAAGGUCAAUGUUUCCUCGUUGGGGCAGGUCAGUUGCGAUGGAUACGAGUUCGAUACACGCAUCUUCGGCCAAACGAUUGUCAGUGAGUUCGGGCUGAUAUGCGAUCGGGAGCACAUGAACAGCAUAGUGGAGAUGUGCUUCCUGGCAGGUGCAGCCAUGGGCAGCGUGGGAAGCGGAUGGAUCUCGGAUCAGUUCGGACGGCGCCACACGCUGAUGGGCUUUGCCAUGAUUCAAGCCGUUACAGGUUUCCUUCUGGGGUUCGUCACCUCUUUAGAAAUGUACAUGGCCCUCCGCGUGAUCAUCGGAUUUGCAUCGAUGUCUGUGGCGGUUGUGAGUUUCGUGCUGGUCGUGGAACUCGUCAGCGGAAAAUACCGAACGGUGAUCGGUAUUCUUAACAUUCUACCGGUAGCGAUAUCCUACAUCCUCACGGCGGGAAUUGCUUUCUACACACGCGAAUGGAGAACGAUGCAGUUCGUCAUUACCGCACCGGGAGCGAUUCUGCUGCUAAUCUGGUACUGGAUACCAGAAUCCCCGCGAUGGCUGCUAGCGAAGGGAAGAAUCGACGAACUCAAGCGAGUUAUGGACAGUGCUGCCAGCAUGAACGGUCUCAGGCUGCCACCGAACUACGAAAAGACGCUGAGUGCCUCCGAUUCCGAGACAGACAAAGAUGUAGUGUCCAUAUUCGAUCUGUUCCGGAGAAAGUUUGUUCGGACAACGCUGCUAAUGUUGGUCAUAUGGUUCGGGAUAGUGCUGAUCUACUUCGGAAUCACGCUUCAUCUUAGCAAUCUCGGUGGUGAUAUUUAUCUGAAUACGAUCCUUGCAGGUGGCGUUGAAUCAGUCGCAAUCUGCCUGAGCAUCGUGGUCGUGCUGAAGCUCGGAUUACGUGUUAAUUUAUUCCUGUACAUGGUCGUUGCCGGCAUCUCGUGCAUUGUGAUGAAUUUCGUCCCGGACGGAAAUCUUUGGGUGAUUAUCACGUUGGCUAUGAUAGUCAAAUGUGCCGUUGGAGCCUGCAACGCAAUCAUUCCGACGUUCACUGCCUACCAAUAUCCAACAACGAUGAGAAAUCUGGGUGUAGGAGCAGGAAAUUUCGCCGCGGGGCUCGCUCUGAUCAUAAUGCCGUACCUGUGGUUGCUGGAACACACUGAUCAGUACUUGCCGCUUACGGUGAUGGGCAUAUGCAGCAUAAUCGGAGGAUUGGCGCUUCUAGCGCUCAAGGAUAAGCUUAGCCAGAAGCAACCACGUGAACGAAGUGGAAGUGGAAGUGGUGGCAGCGUCGUGAGCAGUGUUGUCACGCGGUCCAUCGAUGGUGAAACGAGGCGUAUUGAUCAACACUACCCAAGGAACAACACUGAAACCGGACUGACCAAUAUUGGAUUCGCACAGAAUGAAAGCAUGUUUCUGUAAAACGGACCAUACCUUGAUCGACUUGCAAGCUCUUCUCAUAUUAAGAUACCCGGAUUAUAAAAUCGAUGAUAAAGUACAAGAUAUCUUUUUAUAUUAAACGAGUAUUACACACUAUGACAGAAUAUUUGCUGCGGAUUUUCCAGCAGUGAGACCUUCGAUUAGUAAAUAAUGAUUCAACGAAUGGGCGGGGUAACAACGUUACGAACGCACCCAUAUUGUAAUGUUAAACAGAUAGACAAACAAAUAUAUCACUUGAUUGAGCAGAAGACAUUGAUUGGUUAACACAGGUGAUGUUAGUGUAGGAAGGACUUAGAUAUGUUCCACGCAAACAGGUAGUGUUAAGCGAUAAUCGUGAUACAUGAAGUUAUUUUUUUUUUGUUCAAUUUAUGUUGUGCGACUGAAGGGUUAAAAUGUACAGUGGAACUCUUGGAAUUAAAACCGAUGUUCGUUGUUUACAUUGUAUAUAGCAUAGUAGAAUAAGAGUUUUUUUGUGUUUGAUUUGAAUGCGAUCAUAUGCGAGUGUACACAGCAAGUCUUAUUUAAGUUAAAGUACUGGCUACAUGCAGCUAUAGCUAUAGCGAAUAUAUUUUGUGAAUAUUUUUUACCUCUUCAUACUUAGCCAAUAAAGUUCAGUAAUUCA